UGCAUCUCCUUUCAUGUAAAAAGUGGCUAUUGUCUCUGCCCUGCAUCCAUCCACGCUUCGCCUCAACCAAUCUUCAAAUCUCUCCAAUCACAGACAAUUCCACUUCCAAUCUCCGAAUCCAAGCGCCACCGCGACAACGUCGACGACACCGACGAGGUUGUCGUUUCGAGAAUUCCCCGCAUUCCCCACCCGCAUUCUCCGAUCAAGGCGCAGUUUUGAUGCCUCCGCCGCGCCCGAAACGAAUAGCGGGUUUCGGUUCGGAUGCAGCUAGCGAGACGAAUCGCGGGGUCUCGAAUGGUCGUAGAAACGUGAUGCGAAAUUCGAACGAGUGGAUUUGAAUUUGAAGAGAUUAAGGUUGGCGGGUUUUGUUGUUUGUUGUUGUUGUUGUUGUUGUUGUUUUUAUCUUGAAUUGGUUAAUUUAUCUGCAACAUUGUAAAAAGAGGGGGGGAAUUGGGAUUUGGAUUGGAGAUUGUGGUAUGAAAGGUGAGAUUUUGAAGGGAGGAGAAUGACUGGAGUGUCAUUGGGUGUGCGCACAGGGAGCUAUGGGUCGCUGCAGCUGCAAAACGGCAACGUUUCGCCCUUGCUCGUGCGUAGACCUUCAAAGGCGCUCCUCUUCAACCCCAGAGAGAAAGAGAGGGGUUUCCCUUUUAUUUGCAGGCUCCUUGGGCGAGGGAAGGUCGCAAUGCUCCUCAUGCUUGGCCUCGCCCUUUGUCUUUUCAUUUUUGGUUGCUUUACUGUUUACAGAGUAGGUGGAAACAUCACUAGUGAAAUUGAAGAUACACGAUCUAAUGCUAUUACUAGGUAUGGAAUUUUAAGACCUCGUGGAGUAGUAGAAGAUAAGUCACGGGGUAGUAAUUCUUCUAGAAUGACCUCAUUGACAAAUAGACGUAGAAAUACAGCUAGGCUUCCUCCUGCUCCUCAUUCAUUGUCCUUGUCCAAGUCUAGAGGCAACAAGGGAUAUUUUCCUAUUUGGGGACAUCGAUGUGACCAUUUUGCAUUUCCUCCUCCACCACCAGCUGAUAGAAGACGGCCUGGACCACGGCCAUGCCCUGUGUGUUAUAUUCCAGUGGAGGAUGCUAUAGCUAGUAUGCCAAGUUCCCCAUCAGAAUCUCCCAUUCUUCGCACUUUGACAUAUGUACAUGAUGAAAAUCCAACUAGAAGUGAUCUGCUCGGUGGUUCUGAUUUUGGUGGAUACCCUUCUCUGGAUGAAAGGGAUGCUGCUUUUGAUAUAAAAGAGACCAUGAGAGUGCAUUGUGGAUUUGUCAGAGGAAGCAGACCUGGUCGCCAGACAGGAUUUGAUUUUGAUGAGGCAGAUCUUUUAGAGUUGGAUCAGUACCAUGAUGUCAUUGUUGCAUCUGCCAUAUUUGGAAACUAUGAUGUUAUACAGCAGCCCAGGAACAUCAGUUCAAAAGCAAGGAAAAACAUUCCGUUCUAUAUGUUCAUUGAUGAAGAAACAGAAAUGUAUAUGAAGAAUGUCAGUAUUUUGAGUAGCAGCAGGAGAGUUGGAUUAUGGAGAAUCAUUGUUGUUCAUAACAUCCCUUAUGCUGAUUCUCGGCGUAAUGGAAAGAUUCCAAAGCUUCUAUUGCACAGGAUCUUCCCCAAUGUCCGAUAUUCGAUAUGGAUUGAUGGGAAGCUUGAGCUCGUUAUGGACCCAUACCAAAUUCUUGAAAGGUUCUUGUGGCGUCCGAAUGCUACUUUUGCAAUUUCAAGACACUACAGACGCUUUGAUGUAUUUGUUGAGGCUGAGGCUAAUAAAGCUGCUGGGAAAUAUGAAAACGCUUCUAUUGAUCACCAAAUUCAAUUUUAUCAAUACCACGAUGGUUUAACUCAUUAUUCCAGGGAAAAGCUUCCUAUAACUAGUGAUGUUCCUGAAGGUUGUGUUAUCAUAAGAGAACACAUUCCAAUUACAAAUCUCUUUACUUGCUUAUGGUUCAAUGAAGUUGAUCGCUUUACUUCCAGAGAUCAGUUAAGCUUUUCCACAGUUAGAGACAAAAUCAUGGCAAAAGUUAAUUGGAGUAUUAACAUGUUUAUGGAUUGCGAAAGACGAAACUUUGUGAUACAGGCUUAUCAUAGAGACAUAUUGGAGCACAUGCCUCCUCCAGUUGUUGUAACCCGGCGUCCUGGCCCACCUGCUUCUCAUACCAAUAGGCCUCAGAUAAAGAAUCAUCCAAGGCGUGGGAGAGACAAGAGAUUAGGUUCAAAGCGUCAUCAUAGAUUAAUAGGCAAUGUUGUUAUGAACCACAUUUUGAUUUAGUACCAUAUCCUAGAGGUUUUUUGGUUUCUUUUUUAUUUAUCAAGUGUAAAUGGAUGCAUUCUUUGUUGCAAAUUAUACCUCAGAGCUCCCAACAAUUUUGAAAUUGUUGCUCAAUGAACUGUAAAUAUCUUUGAUACAACUGAUAAGAUCCUUGCCACCUUUUUCCAAAAGGGAAAGAAAACAAAAAGGGGGUUCUCCAUAAUGCAUUUUGCACACAUGAAUUAUUGACUUCUAUUCCUUCA